GGCGGGGGCGCGGGCGGCCCCUUUAAACUAUGCGCGGGCCGCCAUGCGCUGGCGCUCGGUGCUGCUGGGGCUGCUGCUGCUGAGGCUGGCGCUGCAGGCGCUGCUGGCGCUGCUGCCCGCGCUGGCGCCCGGCCUCUGCCUGCGCCGCCGCUUCCCCUUCCCGUUCCCGCCGCCCGCCGCGCCCGGCGCCGCGCACUGGGGCUCGCUGCUGCGGCGGGGCGGCGCCGGCGGCGGCGGCGGAGCGGCGGGGGACGACGAGUACGAGCGGCGCUACAGCGGCGCGUUCCCGCCGCAGCUGCGGGCCCGGCUGCGCGACGCCGCCCGCGGCAUGUUCGUGUUCGGCUACGACAGCUACAUGCAGCACGCGUUCCCGCGGGACGAGCUGGACCCGCUGCACUGCCGCGGCCGCGGCCCCGACCGCCACGACCCCUCCAACCUCAACAUCAACGACGUCCUGGGGAACUACUCGCUGACGCUGAUCGACGCGCUGGACACGCUGGCGGUGAUGGGAAACUCCUCAGAGUUCCAGAAGGCAGUGAAGCUGGUGAUCGACACGGUUUCGUUUGAUAAAGACUCGACAGUCCAAGUGUUUGAGGCAACCAUCAGGGUUUUGGGAAGCCUCCUGUCUGCCCACAUCAUAAUUACAGAUACCAAACAACCUUUUGGUGAUAUGACCAUUAAGGAUUACGACAAUGAGCUGUUGCAUAUGGCUCAUGACCUGGCAGUGAGACUGCUUCCAGCCUUUGAGAACACCAGAACUGGCAUUCCAUACCCUCGGGUCAAUCUGAAGAACGGAGUACCUCCAGACAGCAAUAAUGAGACUUGUACUGCCGGAGCUGGUUCCUUGCUGGUGGAGUUUGGCAUCCUUAGCAGGCUGCUUGGUGAUUCCACAUUUGAAUGGGUGGCCAGGAGAGCUGUCAAAGCACUCUGGAGUCUCAGGAACAAUAACACUGGACUGCUAGGAAAUGUUGUGAAUAUUCAAACUGGCCACUGGGUUGGAAAGCAAAGUGGCCUGGGAGCAGGGUCAGAUUCAUUCUAUGAAUACCUUCUGAAGUCUUACAUCCUCUUUGGAGAAAAGGAGGACUUGGAGAUGUUCAACGAUGCCUAUCGCAACAUUCAGAACCACUUAAGAAGAGGCCGAGAAGCUUGCAACGAAGGUGAAGGUGACCCUCCUUUGUAUGUUAAUGUGAAUAUGCUCACAGGACAGCUGAUGAACACGUGGAUUGACUCUUUGCAAGCUUUUUUUCCUGGACUGCAGGUGUUGAUAGGAGAUGUGGAAGAUGCUAUUUGUCUCCAUGCUUUUUAUUACGCCAUAUGGAAGCGAUACGGAGCUCUCCCAGAAAGAUACAACUGGCAGUUGCAGGCACCAGAUGUUCCUUUCUAUCCACUCAGGCCAGAGUUAGUGGAGUCCACGUAUCUUCUUUAUCAGGCCACAAAGAACCCAUUUUACCUUCAUGUGGGAAUGGAUAUUCUACAGAGUUUGGAGAAGUACACGAAGGCAAAGUGUGGCUACGCUACGUUACACCACGUUGUAGAGAAGACGAAGGAGGAUCGGAUGGAGAGCUUCUUUCUCAGUGAGACAUGUAAAUAUUUGUACCUGUUGUUUGAUGAAGAGAAUCCAGUGCACAGAUCUGGCAAUAAGUAUAUGUUUACUACUGAGGGGCACAUCGUGUCUGUGGACGGCCGUUUCCGUAGCUCGCUGUGGCAGGACGGCCUGUCGGGAGCAGAGCACAGCGCGGACAAAGUGAAACCUGGAGACCUGAAGGCAGUCAACUUCAGCUCUAAUUGUAACAGAGUUCCUGAUGAGAGGAGAUACUUGCUGCCAUUGAAGAGUAACUACAUGAGACAGAUCGAUCGAAUGGUGGGCCUGAUCUGAAUGGUUCUUCAGAGUAACUUCCAUGGUGUGGCAGGAGGAGCCUGGGACCUGGCUGCAGGCAAUCCUCUCCUCUCCAGCUGCACCUCCACGUGCUGAGUCACUUGGGCAUCCCCCAUGCUUGUUAGUUUUCAGUUAUGGACAUGAAGGGAGGUCAAGUUCUCCUUCUCUGAGUUCGGUCUUCUGAGCUGUGGUAACUUCACAUGCCACCUGAACAGAGAUUUCUUGUUUUUAAGACUUUCUUAUGAAAACUAUUGUUGCAAAUGAAGGCUGAAUAUACUUUAAAAACCAGAGAAUUGGCAUGUGCCACUUAGCUACCUCUCUGUAGCUGUAUUACAAAUGUCCCUUUGGAAAAGGGUCUAGUAUUUAAUUAGAGAUGAUCUUGGGACUGGGGAAGGAAUGGGAAAGUGCAAUUUCUUACACCAAGUUUAAUCAUUUAAUAUUCUGACUAGCAAUACACAACUUUCAGUACUACUCAGGUAGGAACCCACUGGUAAUGGGUUUUGCAGAAACAAAAGUGCUGUAUCUGGAAUAGUAUCUUGAAAAGAUAACUCCUGACCGUGUCAAAAGUUCCCAGAGCAGUCACCAUGUCCCUCAUACACACAGUUGAGUAGGACUGCAUGGCUGCAAGAGCCUGCAGCUACAGAAACCAGUAAUGAAACAAAUGAGGUGCCUUUUUUUGUAAGGGACAAGGGGGGAGGGAAGGGGAAAUCUCAAAGCCACUCAGUUUUCCAAGCAGCUAACUUGAUACAACUUAGCUGAGCAGAAGUUCCCAAAGUUCAGUCAUUUGCCAUGUUUCUAGUGCCUUUUCAGGAGAGAUGCUGCUAAGAACUGGUGUAACAGUACCUGAAGAACAAACUAUUUCACAUUCCUGACAGCAUUAAUGUGUCGGUGCCUUAAGUUUUCUUCACUUAGCAGGAAAAGCCGAGCUUGCCUGGGAAGGUGGCUGAAGUGUUUCUCAUGGGCUCGGUUACAAAAUACGGCAGAUCCCAAAGUAGCUUGCACAUGAGGUGACUUCUGGGUUUUUUAAAGAUACUUUAAGAAUAUCAGCUUCUGUGCUUAUCCCAAAGAGUAUUUCAGAGCUGGGUUUGUUCUUGGGGUCAGUGCAGUCAGGGAGAGGUGUCAGUCUGCAGCACACUGACCUCUCUCUCUCUCUCUCUCUCUCUCUCCACAAGCAGCCUGGUACGUGCCACCAUGACAGGGUGGCUGUUGGUGCUGCCUGUAGUGCUGUGCUGUACCUGUACUGUGCUUGUACCUGUGCUGUGCCUUCUGGUGACAGGGAGAAAUAGUGAGAGCCUGCUAUUGCUUCCUCCCACCAUCAUGAAAUGCAGCUCGAAUGUCUCUGAGGAAGAGCUGUCUGUGAACUUCCAGGAUGAAAGCAGUUAAAUUCAGGCAGGGCUGUUGAGGAAUAAAAAACUGAGGCCAAAACAUCUUACUGAAUAGAAGAAUUUAGACUUUUUUCAGUGCCAGCACACUUUUUGCUUUUGACUAUAGCUGAAGUAGCUGAAUGUUAAUUAUUUUUAAGUUAAAGCUUAACUAUUAGGGCAAACUUGACCUGCUGUGUUUUCACCUUGUUCUAACAGCGUUGGUUUUCAUAGACCAUAUGUUGCAGCUCAAAACAUUUCCAAUAAAUCCGUGCUGAAGAGGUUAUUGUUUGAAUGUUUUAGUACACAGAUGCAUCUCAGGGACUUCCUUGUAGAAUUUUCUGUUCCAUGGUAAUUCAAUCUUAUAUUCAGGCAAAAGAAAAAAGCAAUAAUGUGUCUUUUUAAUCUCAUUGUGUGUGUUUUAAGGGGUGGGAGGGAAAUGUGUUAUGGUCUCCCUGCAUUAGAAUGGCUUGCUUUGGUAUUUGAGGCAGCUGGCAGUUCCAGCUCCUGUAGAAUUGGCUUUGCAAAACUACUAUUGGAAUCUUGGUUGCCUAUUUCCAAGUGAAACAUAAAUUCAAGGUGUGAGGUUCCAGAGAGGUACUGGGAGAGGUUUAAGGUACAGCUUGUGGAGGAGGAAGCGUUGCAGGUGUGCUUCACUUGGUAACCCCGUGGGGAAGAGCAGGAGGAGAGAGAGCUUUCUGACAGCUGAGGGAGGCAGAAACGUGGGGGCUUCCUGAAAUGCUGCUACUGAGCCACAUCUUCUCCUUGUAGCUCUGAAGCGAGCUUGGGAAACCUCACGUGGCAUCCCAGCAGUGGCCCUGGGGAGCCCAGGCAGAGCUGAGGCCUUCAGCGUGUGGGAGGCUGCUUCAGGCCCUUGUUCUUCCCCGACUCACAGCUCAGCUCUCUGCCCUGUGUUACGUACCUUGCGCUUGCCUCUCAGUGUUUUGUGCCUAUCCUGGAGCCUGGUGAGGCUUGCAGGCAGUGCUAUGCACAGAAAUCUGUUUCAGGGUUCCCUUCUGAGUAUCAACAUGACUGUAAUGAAGUUGCACAGCUGUUGUGCCACUGUGCUCCUCCCUCCUGUGUGCUCCCAGGAACAGCCAGAGGUGGCUGCAGCAUUGGAACAGUACCCGAGCCUUUAGCCCUUGGGGACUCGGACCAUUGGUUACAGUGCCAAACACUUUAUGGCCAGCUCCUGGGUAGAAACUGAGUUGAGAUGGGUGUUGCCACGGUGACCUGCCACCCCUCUGCCCGUAGGAGCGGGUUUUGCCUGCCAGGAGAGCGGUGCUGAUGGUGUGCUGGAAGGCUUUGUGCCCUUGCAGGACCCGAGUUUUCUUCCUCUUUGUUUUAAAGAUGCUUUGAUACGUUUUUACUCUGUGAUGGCAGGGCACACAUGCACUGACAUGUGGACUUUUGGGUAAGUCAGUGAUGCUGGAGUGGGACCCAUCCCACUGCUGGAAUCACUUGCUGAAGCAGGCUGUUGGAUUUCCUGGUAUCAUGUGCAAUAUCCGUUUUCUCCUAACUAAAACAUGCAAUGUAUGCUUAAUUGUUGGUUUUCCAUGAAGUAUUUAAUUGGGGGUGGGAAGGUUUGCAGAGGACCAAAAACUCUUUCAUGAAAUGUCCUACAUUUUCAAAACUGAGCUUAACUUUUACAAAUCUUCAUUAAAAAAGGUGUAUUUGA